GACAAUCAACCGCGGGGCAACGUCGUCGAUGCGCAGGACCGAAACCAGAAUCAAUGGCUCGGGCCAAGACAAGAGGCUGCCGGGCGUCGACAACAGGAGAGCGUGGACGGCCGUGAGCGAACGAAGCAGUGCAAGAACCGGAGGAGGAAGGAGCUGAGGCGACAGAUGAUGAAGGAGACGAAGGAGGAGAGAGCAUCGAUCAGCGCCGCGACGGCGGUGGAGAGCGGAUCGCGGGUGGUGUCCCUCGCGGCCUACGAGUGGGUGCGCAUCGAGUCGCGCGGCGUGCUCUGGGUCGAGGAGGGACCCGCCCGGCUGGUCCUCCGCCCCGGCGAACGAAUCACCAGCGGACCCCAUCAGCGGCUCGACCUGCCCACCGCUGCCGUCACGCCCUUCUUUUGGAGCGGCUCGGGUGUGCUGUGCGUGUAG